AUGAAGAUGGUGGAGGAGAAAGCACUCAAGUUUAUGUUCAUGGACUUAUCUACUCUUGAUGCCAAGGCAAAGGCGUAUGUCAAACUUUGUCAUGAUGGAAUGCUCAUGAAGAAGCAAAUGCUCAUGAGAAGCAUGAUGGGAGGAGGAAUGAGAGGUCCCAUGGGAGGAAUGGGAGGUGCCAUGGGCGGAGGAACGAGAGGAGGAAUGGGCGGGUACAUGAACAUGAUGGGAGGUGCCAUGAAUGGUGCAUUUGGUGGAAAUGUGGGAGGUGGCUUUGGUGGCAACAUGGAUGGUGGCUUCAGUGGCAUGGGAGGUGGCUUUGGGGGCAAAAUGAGCGACAUGGGAGGUGGCUUCGGCGACAACAUUAUGAGUGGCAUGGGAGGUGGCUCUGGCGCAACAUGA